AACUCGGCUCAGAAGAAUCUUUUGUCCCAGUCAAAGUUUCAACGUGUUUUGCAUAACCCAGUUGAGGGAGAGCCAUCAAGUACAUUUAUGAAUCAAGUAGGUCAUAAGUUGCCUGAGGUGAUUCAACUAAAGCAUGGAAACUACUCAGAUCUUCCUCAUGCAAAACUUUCAGAACUGAUAAAAUCAACCAAUGUGGAUAAUGCUCCUACACAAUCACUUUUAAGUGUUGUAAAUGGUAUCCUGGAAGAAAGUGUUGAAAGAAGAAAUGGCGAAAUACCUCAUCGUGUGGCUUGCUUAUUGAGAAAAGUUGUUCAAGAGAUUGAGAGGCGUAUAUCAACUCAAGCUGGUCAUUUACGCACUCAAAACAAUCUUUUCAAGGCUCGUGAAGAAAAAUAUCAAUCAAGAAUCAAAGUGCUUGAGGCUCUUGCAUCUGGAACAAGGGAAAAGAGUGAGGUAUCACAAGUAACAGAUAAAUCAGUACAAACUGAGAAGACUAAAGAGGAAGAAAAGAGGGAAUAUGACAAAGAGGUUAUUAGAUUGAUUAAAGAGAUGGAGGAUAAAAAUAUGGAAAUUUCAAGAUUGAAACAAGAGCUAGAAACUAUGAAAAACACAUAUGAAGUUCAAUGCUCAAAGUUGGAAUCAGAAGCUAAGGAUGCUAAAGAUGCUAAAGGAGAACUGAAACAGAAAUCAGAAGAAUAUGAAAAUAUGUUGGAAAAAUUAAGAAAUAAGGUUAAAGACAAUGAGGCCCUUUCUGAGUCAAGAUAUCAAAAGUGGAAAAUGAAAGAGAACCAAAUCCGGAAUGCUGUGAAUUUUCAGUGUAGUUCCCUACAGGUAAACUUAUACAUGGGUGAAUCUCCUGAAUUUUCAUGCAUCCAGAAAUUGAAGUUGUCAUGGGAAUCCAUUAAGCAAGAGGCUAUGAAAGAGCAAAUGGUUUAUGUAGAGCAAUGUAAUCGAUUAGGUGUAAAUCUUAAACCACUAGUAGAUGUAGCUGAGAAUUAUCAAACAGUUCUUGCAGAAAAUCGAAAACUUUUCAAUGAAGUUCAAGAAUUAAAAGGUGGAAAUAUAAGAGUAUAUUGUCGAAUCAGACCAUUUCUUCCUGGACUUAAGGAAAAACAAUCUAUUGUGGAACACAUUGGUGACGCUGAAUUGGUUGUGGCAAAUCCCUCCAAACAAGGAAAAGAAGCACUUAAAACAUUUAAGUUUAACAAGAUCUUUGAUCCAGCCUCAACUCAAGGUUUAUUUCUAUAUACUCUCCAUUUUACUAAUUUGAAUGACGCAGCUGAAGUGUAUGCUGACAUACAAGCCUUUAUACGAUCAGUACUUGAUGGGUAUAAUGUAUGUAUAUUUGCUUAUGGCCAAACGGGUUCAGGGAAAACUUACACAAUGAGUGGUCCAAAUAAUGCAACAGGCGAGAGUGUUGGUGUUAACUAUAGAGCUCUUAAUGACCUCUUCAGCAUAUCCACAAGUAGAAAAAGCACCAUAGUCUAUGACAUUGGGGUCCAAAUAGUUGAGAUUUAUAAUGAACAAGUGCGAGAUUUUUUUAUAUUCGUGUAUUUCCUUGAUUUGCACACACUUGGGAUAUUGAGUCACUCUCAACCAAAUGGUUUAGCAGUACCUGAUGCUAGCAUGAUGCCAGUUAAAUCAACCUCAGAUGUUAUGAAGCUAAUGGACAUCGGCCUAAAAAAUAGAGCUAAGGGUUCCACUGCUAUGAAUGAAAGAAGUAGCCGUUCUCACAGUGUUGUUUCAAUUCACGUUCGUGGGUUAGAUAAGAAGUCUGGUUCUACUCUUCAAGGUAAUCUUCAUUUGGUAGACUUGGCAGGAAGUGAAAGGGUUGAUCGUUCUGAAGUAACUGGAGAUAGGCUUAAGGAAGCACAACAUAUUAACAAAUCACUAUCUGCCCUUGGAGAUGUCAUUUUUGCACUUGCUCAAAAGAGUGCUCAUGUACCAUACAGAAACAGCAAGCUUACUCAACUUCUGCAAUCAUCUCUUGGUGGUCAUGCAAAGACACUCAUGUUGGUCCAAAUUAAUUCAGACCAGAAAUCUUAUUCUGAAUCUCUUAGUACUUUGAAGUUUGCUGAGAGGGUUUCUGGAGUUGAAUUAGGAGCUGCAAGAAGUACCAAAGAUGGUAGAGAUGUCAGAGAAUUAAUGGAGCAGGUGUCUUCUCUCAAGGAUACCAUUUUGGUUAAAGAUGAAGAGAUUGAGCGGCUACAAUUACUUAAGGAUCUGAAAAAUGUUUAUCCUAGUGGCAAUUCUGAGAAGCCUGAAAAUGCCUCUGAAUGA